CUCUUGAUAGCUCUUGAUGUAAAAAUUUUGAUUCUCGGACUGCCGUUUUGUUUUCCUAACUUUCUAUAUAUUGGCACUGGUUGUCUGAUAAUCAUUCUGUUUCUCUGUCCUUCUGCUGCAACUAUUGAUUGGCCGACUCUUGAAGACUCUUGAUUGUUUCCCUCGACCACUGACUGAUAUUGGUCGGCACACUCUUUGGGCAUAUCUUACUCCUCCUUAUUACUACUGACCAUAGGAUGUCUGAACGUCCAAGACCUCUCACAAACCUCGACGAUACGCGAGACCUUUCAUCUUCUAGCUCACCUCUUGCUUCAGCAUCAGCUUACGAGCACCAGUCGUUAACACCACGUACACCGCGUUUUCGGGCUGGAUUCGGCGGAUAUGAGGAAGCUGAACUAGGGGGAAGAAACAGACAACACGACGACGAUGAUGAUGAGGAGGUUCAAUCUUCAGCAGCUCCGCUUCUGCGUUCAAGUGUUGAUAACGACAACAACGAUGGCUUGUGGCAGAAGGAUGUACAAUCGUUCCUGGGGCUCGAUAAAGUCAGUCCCGACAUGAUAGCAGAGCGGUUACCGGUGGUAGCUGGAUGUUUAAUCGCGGGGUUGCUAUUGUUUUUUGCGCUUGUUGCGUUUCGUAGCCCAGGAACGUUGGAAUACUAUAUUGGGGCCACUGUUCCAUCGGAAGCCAAUUCCACCACAAGUCCGACCUCGGUUUCUCCUGUAGACCCUUCCCUUCUCAUUUCUUACGCCAAUUACACCUCAUUCCCGCUCCUUCCUACUGAAUAUGUCUCGGAAUGUUACAAGAUUCAUCCAGAAGGACGGAUGAAACCAAUGAAAUACUGGGGAGAAGACGGCGUACCAACGAAGGAUGUUGCUCACCAUGAGCCACCAGAGGGCACUUGUUCGAGCACGAUAACAUAUAUGCUGGAUGGAAGGAUUGGUCUUGCAAGUGAUUUGGCAUUGAUAGCACAAAUAGCGGCGCUUGCCAGAGAGAGAAACCGUACGUUCCUCGUCGAUGAUACGUACUGGAACCGUGGCAAGUGGACGGACCACUUCCAAGAUGUUCGCCUCACUCAACCGGGACCUGAACCUGGGUGUCUACCUCCACCGUCGGAAGAGCUGGUCGCGUGUCCAAGACAGGUCAAGCACUGGGUAGUGAACUCCCAUACUGCCAAAUUCCACCUAAGUCAUGGAUUUGAAGAUCAAUACGAGGAUGCUUACGCACGGAACCUCAACCGACUCAAACCUAUCUUCCUCCGCGCCUCUGAGUCACUCACACAAACUAUCCGCCCGAGUGAAAAGAAUGCUGAGUUAAUUGCGGAGACUAGGAAGGAACUUGGCACUAAAAUUUCGAGCAACUACAUAGGCGUUCACAUCCGUCGCGGAGACCACAAAGCUAAAUUUACCAAGGGUCCUGAGGGAUACGUACCUAUCGAGAAUUUCGUCAAUGAAGUGAAGGGAAUCAAGGAGCGGUUUUUCGCAGAGGGCGAUACAACGAUGGUUUAUGUCGCCUCAGAUGAUCCGUAUGCUAUCGAGUCGUUUGAGAAACUAAUCUCCGAAUCGUUAUCACCGUCUCGCGGUUCUGUCCAAACGUUCUCACUCCAUGCCAGUUCCUCUCCUUCCCUUCGAGCGCUCGCUAGUCCGAAAGCUUACGUUCAGGCCGAGUUCAGUGCGCUGCACGAGGACAAAGUGAUGUUGACGAGAGGCGUCAUAGUCGAUAUGGCGCUAGUUAGUGGGCUUUGGAUGGAAGACGGGGAUGAUAAUGGAAAGAUGAAGCCAGAUGCGGUCGUUUGUACGAUUGGAUCUUCAAUAUGCCUACUCUCUGCUCUCCCGCUUUCUUGGUCCCCCGCUUUCGGCGAUAUGGACCCCAAGGGACUCGGGUAUCCUGUUCGGGACAAGCAGCGCUGGUUAGAUGUUGAUCAGAAGGGUGUUAUUGUUCCUGCGUGGAAGGGCUUUCAGAUGUUUUGAGCGGGUUAUGCGGAAGAUGAACGAGGCGAGGGGUCUGAUGAAAUUCCUGAACUCACUAUCUCUAUAUAUAUGUGAAUUCUUAUCUUUUGGAAUAUACACGCAUAGUUGGUUAAACCCUCCCUCCAAUAAUAUGUACUUAAGCGC